CCUGCAGCUUUAGCUAGUCUCACCUAUCACUCCCGUCCAGCACUGCAACAAACUACCGCGGACAAAAUGAUCCCGCCGGGGUUCGCUCUCGAUGCGCAGACGCCGAUCCAGCCCGACGCGAAGCCCGUCAGCCCGGUCUGAGUCCCGUCGCCGUUGCGGCUUCAUCUCCGAGUGCAUUUAGCGUGAAUCUGGAAGAGGAAAAGACAAAGAGAAAAAGAGCUUCAGCAGCUAGAAUGGUUUGGGCCUAAAGGGAAGACAAGAGGGUCACAGGGAUCUGUUGGACUGUACCAGCUCUCUUUGGGUGAAAGGCAGGGACAAUGACAACCAUCUAUAGCUAUAACUUUGAAACAACAUGAACCGUGAGGACCGAAAUGUACUCCGUAUGAAAGAAAGAGAAAGGAGAAAUCAAGAAAUCCAGCAGGGAGGAGGAGAGGUGUUCCCAGCAAACUCCCCUCUCUUCCCUGAACCCUACAAAGUGGUCAGCAAAGAAGAUAAACUGUCCAGCCGUAUUCAGAGCAUGCUGGGCAAUUACGACGAGAUGAAAGAGCCGAUUAGUGACACACUUCCAAAGCUUGUGGCUAAACCUUCAAACAGUUCGUCUUCCUCUGAGGAGAAAUCCGGCCCGCCCUUGUUUGGUGGGGACCAGCGUGGCGUGGGCAGUGGUGGUGGGAGCCAGAGCAGUAAGUGGACUCCCGUUGGCCCCGCGGCCGGCGGGUCCUCGUCCCAGUCCCAGAAACGUUCAGGACUCCAGGUGGGACACGGCAGCCAGCGGAGCAACGGGGGCGGCGGCGGCAGCGGUAGCAGCAGUCAGCGGGGAGAGGUGCGGGAGAAGAAGUCGAGUAAACACAGCGGGGGAUCGGACCACUCGAAGUCGCACACGUCGAGUCCGGCCAAGGGCUCGCUGAGCUCGUCCAGCGGCCACUCGCGGAGCUCCUUGUCUGCUGAGCAGCAUCACAGCAAGGAGCGCUUCCGCUCCAAGUCUCCGCGAGACCGAGAGGCCAACUGGGACUCGCCGUCUCGGGUCCACACUUCCUUCCCCAGUGGGCAGCAUCCCAGUCAAUCCUUUCCUCCAUCUUUGCCUUCCAAACCUGGCUCCAUGCUGCAAAAGCCCACAGCUUAUGUGCGGCCCAUGGAUGGCCAGGAGACUGCAGAACCCAAGAGUUCACAAGCAGAGAGCUACAGUGGACAGUCACACAGUGGCACCAUGGGAGAGAUGAAGUCAAACGGCAAGGCUUCUCUUUCCAAACUCAAGAUCCCCACGCAACCUGCAGAGGGAUCCGGUGAUGCCAAUUGUGUCGAUGAAAUUCUGAAGGAAAUGACUCAAUCGUGGCCCCCUCCACUGACAGCCAUCCAUACUCCCUGCAAAACAGAGCCCUCCAAGUUUCCAUUCCCCACCAAGGAAACUCAUACUUUUCCAAGUGGACACAAACGAGGCAGUUCAUCGAAGAGCUCCAGCAGCCACCAGCCAAAAGACUCCACUGACUCGUCCACUGUGCUGAAACAAGACUUGACGAUAAGCAGCAGUGAAGACAGUGAUUGUGAAGGACCCAAGAAUGCAAGGAACCCGUCUGCAAGCAAUAACAGCGAAGCAGCUGAGCAAUCGAGGGACGACUCCAGCAGAACCAGCGGCUCCGAGAGCAGCUCGGGCUCCGACAGCGAGAGCGAAAGUAGCACGACGGACAGCGAAGCCAACGAGCAGCCGCGACCCGCCUCUCCUGAGCCCGAACAGCCCACGGCCAACAAGUGGCAGCUGGACAACUGGUUUAAGAAGACCAAGCAGUUCUCUCCUCCUUCCCCAGUGGAAAACAGUAACGUUCCAGCCAAGUGCAAGAAAGAGAGCCGAGACAACAGCUCGGGACGUGGCUACGGCAGCCAGGGAGGGGGGUCCAAAGACUCGGCGUUACCGCCUCCCAGCAGGGACUUACGGGCCCCGCAGAAGGGAGCGGAGGGGGGCCGGGGACGGCAGAAAUCUCCCGCCCAGAGCGAUGGAGCCAACCCCAGGAUCCGCGUGGGGAAAAAACAGCCCAAAAAAUCAGAGAAGUUACCUGUGGUGGAGGAACCAAAGGGAGGUCUACGGGUGGAGAGCGAGCCGGCUCCAGAGUUGCCUCCUCACCGGCCCAAAGCCGCCACUAAAGGUUCCCGGAAACCCAGCAUCAAAAAGGAACCCAAAUCCUCCCCCAGGCCCUCGGCCCCCACUGUUACCACCACCACGCGCAAGUCCAAGGCCCCCACCAAACCCCCACAGUCUCGGGAAUUUGUCGAGACGGACUCUUCGUCGUCGGACUCUGAAGGAAAUAUCAGUAUCAGCAGUAUCCGGACCCCCGUGUGCGUUUUCUCUCCAAUGGAAGAGAAGGAGCUGUUGUCUCCACUCAGUGAUCCUGAGGAGCGCUACCCUGCACGGCAGCCUCAUCAGCAGGUUUUACUCGUCAAGAUAGAUCUCAGUCUGCUGUCCAGGAUCCCAGGGCGGUCGUACAAGGAGCCGUCAGAGAUAAAAGUAGAGAGGGAAGACUCUCUAGACCGAGAGAGCAAAGACUUCAGUAAACAGAGCUCCAGCAAAGCCAAGAGGAAACACAAGAAUGAAGACGAAGGCACAAAGUCUGAGAGUAAGCGAUUCAAGCUGGAAGAAAAAUCUCUAUCUAAUCAUAAAAACAGUAGUAAAGAUUCCAAGAGGUCUUUGGAGAAGAAGGAGGAGCCAGUCCCGUCCCCGUCUAUAUCCGGCCCCCAGCGGACUCCUAAAGCGGAGCACCCCAGUCGGAAGAGGACAGUCAGCCAGUCCUCCACCUCGCUGUCGAGCGGCACCGGGAGUGGGAAAGAGGGGAGUCACGGCACCAAGGGCAGCUCCAACACCAAACACAGGAAAGGAGAGGACAAGGGGCGAGGCACGCGUGACGGCAAGGUGCGUGAAAAAUCUUCAAAAAGCUGUGAUAACCAGCUGGCUGUUCCUCCUCUGUCCACGGACGGCUCCAAGUCUCAGAGGUCCAAGCUGGUGUUUGAGGACAGGGUUCAUUCAGCAGAUCACUACUUACAAGAAGCAAAGACACUUAAGCACAACGCAGACGCACUGGUGGACCGUUUUGAGAAGGCCGUUUACUACCUGGACGCCGUGGUUUCCUUCAUCGAAUGUGGCAACGCUCUGGAGAAAAGUGCCCAGGAGGCCAAGUCGCCCUUCCCCAUGUACGCUGAGACCGUGGAGCUCAUCAAAUACACUAUGAAGUUAAAAAGCUACAUGGCCCCAGAUGCCACUUCAGCAGACAAGAGGCUGGCCGUGCUUUGCCUCCGUUGCCAGUCUCUUCUCUACCUGCGGUUGUUCAAAUUGAGGAAAGACAGUGCUCUAAAAUACUCCAAAACACUCACCGAACACCUAAAGAAUUCUCUGAGCAACACCCAGGCUCCCUCUCCUGGAAUGGGAAACAAGGCAGCAGGGAUGCCGUCUCCAGUCUCUCCCAAGCUGUCUCCGGGGACGGCGGGCGGUCACUCACUAGUCAGCAGCACCAGCAACAACAGCUCGUCUGUGACUAUACCUCAGCGCAUCCACCAGAUGGCUGCCAGCUACGUCCAGGUCACCUCCAACUUCCUGUACGCCACGGAGAUCUGGGACCAGGCGGAGCAGCUCUCCAAGGAGCAGAAAGAAUUCUUCUUGGAGUUGGACAAAGUGAUGGGUCCUCUGAUCUUCAACACCAGCAGCAUGACAGAACUGGUGCGUUACACGCGGCAGGGCCUUCACUGGCUGCGCCUGGACGCUAAACUUAUUCCCUAGCAAGGACUAGAUAUCUGCACGCUGCUUCCAGACACACACACACACACACACACACACACCUCUCAGCAACCAGUGCUCCAACAAACACACACACAGAACAGCUACGUACUGUACUCACACCAACGCAGUCACCUCUGCUCCUCCAUGUCCGCUCACAUGUGACGAACCUCUCAGACAUAUCUCCAACACUGUGUCCAUCUCCUGCACCAGCUUUGCCAAAAACACAGAGCAGUUCAGAGCAUUCACAUCUCCGGCGGCAGCACACAUGGAGACCAAUCAAAAGAGAAAAGAUCUUAUCGCCCGGCUUCAUCUCUCGGCAUUCUUACAACGUUGUUCAAGGCCAUGUUUUUAUCUCUUUGGCAUGAAAGCACUGGGCAAAUGAUUUAUUAUGAAUACACUAAAACUGGGGUUUGGUUUAUAGGCUACUUUGGCUUUUAACUUUUUAUUUUACUUUCACCAAAGUACCUCGCAGAAACACCAAAGGUGCUUUAAAUGAAGGUUUCUCUUUAUCAUUUUUGUGCCUUGUAUUUGAGCUACAGGAAAAGUCACCAAUAAUAUCUGAAUAAAUUAUCUUUUUUUUUUUUUUUUUUUUUUUUCCUUCUUGCUUUAGCCACAGGUUUAAUCACUUGUAUGUGAAUUAUUUAGUCCAUAAUGAAAGCUGGCAACUUGUAUCUUUUUAUUGCAAAGAAGAUGAAAUCUUUCUAAGUUAUCCUAAAACAGCGACGAUGGUAAAUCUGGAUUCACACGCCCCUAAGACGAGAGCAAGAACGGCUAAUGAGUACAAUAGAUGCAUUCUUUUGAAACAACUAUUUAUUAAUGGCCUUUUUGAACUCAUGUAUUCAUUUUUAACAGCAUCUUAUUGGUUUAUUUUUUCAGAACCACAAGCUGCUUUGUGCCCUGCUAUCAGAUGAAAUAUCGGUCAGAUUUCUUUAGUUUUAGGGCCCCUACACAUCAAGCUGACAACGGCCUGUUAACGUCAGGAUUGUCGGCAGACAUCUGUGUGUAAUGUCAGUUCCGUUGGACCCCGUCAAAUUUGAGUUUUUAUCAGCUUAGUCAUGCUUAAUCUGUUGGGUCUGUCGGUGAGAGAAAUCCUUCUGCUUGAUUGUGCAUGAACCUAAAAUGCUCAUUUAAAAAAAAAAAAGCAACAAAAAAAGUGCACAAUCCCUCAAAAUAAUAUUUGGUUCAAACUAAAGGGUUUUGAUUCCAGAUGCAACAUUCAAACCGAGCUAGAGCUGUGUGCAAACCAAAAUCUAAAUUCAAGUACCUGAGUUUUCAAAGAGAUAGGUUUCUUUGCAUUUUUAACCUUAUUGAAUAAUGGAAACUCUUCCCCCAUGCUGCACUGCAAAGCUAUGUUCUCAUCAACUUUGCAACACUAUGGAUGUUAUCUUUGUAGUUUAUACUUUCAGCCCAGUAAUACCAGGUGACAGACUGCUGCUUCUUCAUCAGUUUGGCGUAUUAGAACCCUUAACCAUUCAGUAAUCGCUCUCCGCUCUUUAUGGAGCUGCAGGGACUUAACAAACUAUCAUUUUAACAGUGAGGUUUUCUGGCUUUUUCAUUUCUUAGAACCCAACUCCUUUGAAUUGUUUUCACACUUGUAGCUGCAUUGUUCUAAAAGUAUCCUGAAGAAAGAGUCACUUCCACUCAGUGUUGUUUUUUUCUUUUUUUUUUUGAUCCGAUUGUUUGUCAGAAGUAUAUUUUUCUAAGGAACUGCAGGGACUGUCAUAAGUAUUGAAGAUUGUGUUCACAUUCACAUUGCAGAUGUUGAAGUUUAUCAAAACUGGCCCCGUUUCCAGUAAUUUGGCACAAAUUCAUCUUAAAGCAAAGAUGUUAGGAUAAAAAUGAAAUGGAUAAAAGUCAAUAGUGAUGGAGAUUAGCAGUGUUGCAUUUAUACAACAGAGUUUUAAUUCUAUGACUGUAUAUCUCACAAAAGAAAUAUAAAUACAAUAUAGAAUCUAUUUAUACACUAAGCAUGGUUUUUGUCUUCUAGCCAAGCAAAUCCAAAAUGUAGAAUUGCAACAGGCGUGAUAUGAACAAGUAUUUGUAAUUGUUCCUAUUUAAAUUCUGAACUGAAUCAUGCUCGUCUUACAAGAAAGCAGAUGGUACAGUAGGCUGAGUAGCAUUGAGUCAAUGAAUAUGCCUGCUUUCCAGAUAUAUAUAUAUAUUUUUUUUUUCUUCUUUUUGCUUAAAAUUAUUUGUUUUGAUCAAUGCACAUGUUGAUGGCAGUGGUUUCCAAUAAAGAUGUUAAUGAUGUUAAUUUAUGUUCCAAGUGAUUGGGUGUCAUCUUCACAAGUUUGUUUAGUUUCUUUUUCUCCUUUCUUCUAAGCCGAUGUCUUACCAAAACAUGCUGGAAAUGCUAAACCUCGUCUAAAUAGUAUUUGUGUAAUCUUUAUUGGUCUGUUAGUUUUAACUGGACAAGAAAGAGACACAACGUUUCAGAAAAAUCUCUUUAAAUUCCUCACUUCAAAAUUAAAAGACAAGAUUUAGUUUGGCCCACCAGUGACCGUGUUUCUUCUCUCUCGCUCUUUUUUUUUUUCUUUUCAUUAUUAUUUUGUUUCCUUCAUUGGCUCCCUGGCCUUUAUUGCAAGAGGGGAUACUGUUAUUUUCUCUUACACUUGAAUGAGAGAAGGUUAGAGGAGGUAUUCUUUUAAUCUAUGCAGGAUUUUUACAAAAACAAAAAGACCCUCUCUUCGUUUUUUUUCUGCCUCAGUGAGAAACCUGUUUUACUCAAGUGUCCAAUGCCUUUAGCUUUUGCAAUUUUGUGUACUGGUUUAGUAUAUGUGUGUACAUAGAUCUUUUUGUAAAACCAAACACGGAUGGCUUUGAGCCAUUUUGUACUUAAAGCUGGAGGUUUUCUCAUACGAGUCCCUCUGUGGGUUUUGUAAGCCCAGUUAAUGUCUUCAUACACUGGUACAUUUGGAAGCUGAGGUUGGCGCCUUGUGUUCUCUACGCUAUCUUAUAGACAAAAGUAAAAAGAAAAAAAACUACAAAAAAAAAACAGAGUUAUUUUUAACAGUUUGCUACUCACACUUAUUUAUUUUUCUGCCUCUUUGCUUAUUUCUUUCUUUUUUUAAGAAGUACCAUUUUAUGAAAUAGGAAGAUGUAUAUGUAUUUGGAGUUGUUCAUGAUGAGAUUUCAUUGUAAGUAGUAAUUAAUUUUAAUUCUAACUUGAAAGAAUCCAGGGUAAGAUAAGGUUUUUUGACAUUCAGUAGAAAGAUGUUAACACUUGCAUGGUUCUAUUUAAAUACAAUUGUAUAAAUUGUAAAUAUAACAUUUCUUUCAGGGUGAAUUUCUACUACAGGUUGACAUUUUUAUUAAAUUAAAAAAAAAAAAUGCUGUAAAUACAUUGAGAUACUUCAUGCACAUUUUUUUUCUCGACCCCCGCCCCCCAUCCAUAGUUGUUGCAGAUGACAUCCCAGUCUGUUAACACUGUAUAUCAAAUUAUUUUUCUCUGUCCCUUUUCUUAUGUGCUUGUAUUCUUGGUUUUCCUCUCAACUGUAUCUCAGUCGCUACAUAAUCUUUAAUGUCUCUAAAUCCAAGUGUGAAUAUUUUGUCUUCUCUGUAUUUGAUAUGGAGCCGCGUACUUCAUGAAUUGUAUAUUGUGGAGCUCAUGGAGACGGAUGGAUGGAUGGAUAGCAUGUACAGUCUAUUGUCUGUUUCUUGCUCAGAGAGGUGUAUUUACUAUGUGUCCCUUUUGAACAAUUGGUCCAACAUGUCUUUUAAAACCGAGGUAUUUCUCCACUCUUCAGAACAGUUGUAGCAGUUUAUGCAGUAUGUUGUAUAACACCUCUUUUCUAAAAGUCGUCUCCUAAGUGAGACAAGCAGCAUACACUAUGUACAAUGAACUAAACUGGGCUAGUUUUAAGAGAACUGAUGACAGAUGCUAUAUAUGAUGGAUGCAAUAUGAUUCAAGGUACUCAUUGAGUUUGAUCUUCAAACUUGGGUAAUGUAAUUUAAAAGCAUUCUUGUGAAGUGAGUAUUAAUUGUGACUAAUGAGAGUCUGUCCUAAAUAUUCUUUGUAUUUUGCCGUAUUGAGAAUAAAAUAUAUAUGGAUAUGUUUAAA